AGCAUUUCGAAUCAUUUUCAGUACAAACUUUGUGUCGAGCACACGUAGAACCCACUCCAAUCAAAUAAACGCUAUCUAUCAAGCAAUACAAGAUGAACUAUUACCUGAUCCUUGGCUGUGCUUUGAUGAUGAUGAUGGUGAUGGGACCCAUGUCGGGUGACUGCCUGCGGAUGAAGCGUUCCCAGGGCGAUGCUGCAGGUGAUAAUAAUGCAACCACUGUCAUGGACAACGAUGCUUCUCUGAAUGGAAAGGCCACCUUGGUGGCCAAUAGCACUGUGACCACUGCUGGCAGCACUGCAACCACAUCUUCAAAGCAGAGAGUUGCACCUGGAGCCAAGCACACUACGGUGGAUCAAGGAAAAGCCACGGAUGGCACUACCACCCCAUCGGCGCUGGCUGCCAUGGCUUCCACAUCCACAUCCACAUCCUCGCCCUCGGAUGCUGGGAAAUUCCAGCUGGUGGAGGAUCUGAUGGGGCUGCGGCGUCCCAAGAGGCGCUUGGGUGGCCUGAUGGACGAGGGCCUGCAGCCACGACAGCUGCACCACAAGCGUCGCCAGUCGGGGGAGGCUACUGUGACCACCUCGCUGCCCACACGCCCACCCAAUCCCUAUGUGUACUACAACAAGCUGGUAUCGCCGGAUGGCAAGCACGAGGUGAAGGAGUUCGAGCUGCUGGCCCCCAACAUGAUGAUUGAGAGUGUGCAGCAGGAGCUCAACUACGGCCCGGAACUUCUGCCACCGGAAUUGGCCGGAGUGCUGCUCCUGAAUGCGGCCGAGAACACCCCACGCGGCCUCCAUAACUCGGCUCCUUUGAAGCACCACCGCAAGCACAAAUCCUCUCAGGCUUUGCCACCGAUGCUCUACAUGCUGCAGCAGCUGUUGCAGCCCACUUUCGAGGGAAACGUCUUGGUGGAACCGCCGAAGGAGCCACCACACCGCAUUAGUUCGCCCCUUUAUCAGUUCCUUGAUGGCGCCAUGGAUCUGGCUUUGCGCAACAAUCCCGAUGUCAUUGAUCACCUGCUGGGGGAUCACCUGGAACUGGAGCUGGAGCUGGAGAAGGAGAAGCUGAAGGGCGGCAAGGACAAGGGAGCGGCCAAGAAGGCUAAGAAGGAGGCCCAGAAGAUGGAGCCCAAGGAGGAGCUAGUCGUCAGCUGUCCCAUCCACCACGAGCACCACGCCAAUCGCAACGGCGAGAUGGUCGAGGAUGAUGUCGUCCUGGUCAACGAGUGCCAUCUGGUCUAGAUCUAGGUGGGACACAGAAUGUUUUACAGCAUCCUCCGUUUCUUAAAAAUUUUAGGUUUCUUGUUUCAUAUUACUUUUUUCUUUAACUAACCGGGAAAGUCUGCCUGAAACUGUUUACAUAUAUUUGUUAAAGUUAGAAUUUACAAGACUUUAAUGGCCGACUUUCUUGAGAACAUAGAAAACAACAAUAAAAACUAAA